GUCAGUCUGUCCGGAGCAACGCGAGCGUGUGGCCAACUCGACGCCAUGGUUCAGGAAAACUGUGAAGACUUUGCUGAGGGCGUGGUCAUUGAAGACCGCGUCGUCAAGUCAACCGUUAAGGACCUGCAGAUUCCGGAGGUCGACUUUGCCACUUUUCUGAGGGACACUUGGAAGAAAGAACCAGGUGCAAUUGCAGUUAUCGAUGCUGCUUCGGGGAAGCGCUACACUUGCGCCGAGCUGGAAGACAUGAGCGAGCGCCUCGCGGCCGGAUUCCAAGAGCUCGGCCUCCAGCGCGGUGACACCGUGGCAUUCGUGUCGUCCAACAGCGUCGACCUAGUGGCGGCCUUCAUCGCGGCCACCUUUGCCGGCGCUGUCAUCGUCUGCGUGAAGACCACCUACAAUGAGAGAGAGAUGGCGGGCCUACUGAAGUUGACAAAGCCCACCGUGGUAUACUGCGACAUGCAGAAUGUGGCAAAAGUCGCAGAUGUCUCCAAGGAUGUACCGUCAGUGAAGGCGCUGGUGGCGACUGGCGAAUACUGCGGUGCGGUUAACGUGGCUGCUCUGAAAGAGACACCCCGGAGCCACUUCAAGAAUCCGACACCCGCGAGUCCUGAUGACGUGUUCACCGUGUUCCAGUCGAGCGGCUCCACAGGGCUGCCCAAGGCGGGCCUUAUCACCCACCGUAAUUUUAUCGCGGAGCUUGUGACGUUUAGCUACAAGAACGACGGAUUGCACGUGGGCGACGUGUUCCUUGGCUACCUACCACUGAUGCACGCGGGUCCCGUCUGGCUGCUCUUCACGAUGCUAACGCAGCAUGUGCAAGUGGUGCUACUGGCCGCCGUCGACUUGGCCUCGGUGCUGGGGUCCAUUGCCAAGUACAGGGUGACCACCCUGAUACUGUAUCCAACGCACGGGCAGUACAUCGUCCAGCGUGGCCUGCCGCCGUCCCUCGACGUGGCCAGUGUGCAGUGGCUGUUCAUCGCCGGCAGCUCAAUUCCCCCGCAGGUGCUGCGGCAAUUGGCACAGAUAUUCCGAGGAUGCAUUGUCAUCCACGGCUACGGUUUGACCGAAUCGUGCUGCGCUGUCACCCACACACGAGGGAUGUGCCGAGACUUCAAGAGCUCAGGAAUUCCUAUGCCGUACGUGAACCUAAAGGUGGUGGAUGUUGAAACCGGCAAAAAGCUUCCGCCUGGCGAGAACGGCGAAAUUCUCGUCAAGGGGCCCACCUGCUUCAAAGGUUACCUGAAUAUGGCUGAAGCCACGGCUGCUGUUUUCGAUGAAGAAGGCUUUCUCAAGACAGGGGACACGGGUUACUACACGGCGCGCGGUGAACUCUACGUGCUCGACCGAAUCAAGGACUUGGUCAAGUGCAUGGACCAGCAGGUGGCGCCCGCGGAACUGGAAGAACUGCUUCAGGAGCACGCCGAAGUGGUGCAGGCGGCCGUGGCUGGUGUUCCGCACCCGGAAUACGGGGAGGCACCCAGGGCGUUCGUGGUCCUCAAGGCGACGCCCGCCACCGCUGAUGGGAGACGCGAGAUGGAGCUUGCCCUGAUCUCCUAUAUCAAGAGUCUAGUGGCUCCGCACAAGCAGCUACAUGGAGGUGUCCAGUUCGUGGACGCCAUCCCGCAGACGGAGACGGGCAAGCCGCACCGGCGCCAGCUCAGGGAUGCCUAUGUCACCCAGCAAGCGCAGCAAUAAACUUCCCGUGCUGGUCACA